AUGGCAUUUCAUCAGCGUGAAAUUUGCAAAGUCGGUGAGUCCCCUACACAGGAUAGGAGAUCCCUGAGCCCUAGAAGAGGAAGUGCUGUUACAGCUCCUGAUGAAAGUAUCGAAAACACUGGAAUAAAUCGCGAUAGCAACUCUCCAACACCAGGUACCCCCAAGAUGUCCCCGUCAUCUUCCACUUGCACCACACCGGAAACCCCCAAAUCCCCGUCCCGGAACGAACGAAGAAUUUCAACUCGUCUGCUGAUGAUGCAAGGAAAGCAGCCUGAUGCCUCUGGAGGCAAGUCGAGUCCCAAGUCUUCACCCAAACAUCAGGCUUGGAAAAGUUCGAAGUUCUUCAGCAGAAGCAUGGCGUCUGGAGAGCUUCUGAAAGGGUUUAAAAAACUUUCCACUCCCAGUGCUACCCCGAGUUCUGCACCAGCGGGAGAAGAGGCUACUCCUGGAAAUUCUUCUCCUGAUAAUAAAGAUGCAGAUUCCAAAUCUUUCAAAAGUAGAUUCAGUUCCCUUCGGCGUAAAAGUGGAAGUGAUACAGACAAUGUUCCAAACGUAGACAGCGAAUCACUGAAGUUGGGAAGUCCAGAUGUGAGAGGAAUUGUAUGCAAGAAAGAAGACCUCAUAUCUUUGAUGAAAGUUCCAGGAACAAAGGAAAGAAGAGUGUCCUCUCCAGCUGAGCUAAUCGUUCCUCUGCAAUCAAGCCUCCCUACUUCUCCCAUUCCUGUUCUAAAAUCUCCUUCCAUUAAAGUUGCUCCAAAUUCACCUUUGACCAGAGGAUCCUUUCGAACAUCCCGAUCAAAUUCUUUAGACCCCACGGCCUUGCCCAACGUGGAACGUGCCAUCUUCCGACCACCUCUCAACAAACCAGCCAUCAGGACUGUCGUUUACCAACCUCCCCAAAUACCUUCCUCUUCCUUCCAUCACUCACCGAGGAGAGUGGUCACUGAUGACAUUUGUAUCAAGAAAACUGGGACAUUCCUAGAAGUCGUUCCUGAAGUCAAAAGGCGACUAUCAGGACCUCUCAUCGAAGUUAAGGAUAGAAUAAUUGAAGAAAAUGAAGAAACAGAAGGUGAUAGUGAGAAUCCUGUUCAAUGGGAUGAUGGUAAUUUUGUAGAUCCUAAUUUAUUAGGAGGGGCAAUAGAAGCGUUUCUCAAAGGCAUGGGAACGUCUCCCACUGCUACACCAACUACAGAAAAGCGAGUUUCAUUUAAGAAAAAUUUAAUAAAAUAAAA